AUGCGGGACAGACAGAUGGCCCCUCGCCCUGAAAUGAAGGACCAACUGACAGAGCCCGAAGAGAGAGAGAGCCCAAACUCUACCAAUGAUGGCACUGCAGUCAUUAAGGAUCCUCAGAUCCUCUCUGCUGUCUCCACUGUGACUCUGAUCCAGACCGACCCCCCCCAACUCCAGCCUGAAGACCCCUGGGACAUCCCGGAGCUGCAGGACACUGGGACCCCCUGGGCAGAGCUGGACUGCGGUGGAAAGGCUCUGAGGAUCCUGGUCUGGGCAAAGCUCCUCCUGCUGGUCGGGUUCCUAUAUCUGUUUGUCUGCUCUUUGGAUAUCCUGAGCUCAGCGUUCCAACUGGUGGGAGGUAAGGCUGCAGGGGACAUUUUCCAGGAGAACUCGGUGCUGUCAAACCCUCUGGCUGGGCUGGUGAUUGGGGUGCUGGUCACCCUACUGGUGCAGAGCUCCAGCACAUCCAGCUCUAUCGUGGUCAGCAUGGUGUCCUCAGGAUUGCUUCAGGUCCGGUCUGCAGUCCCCAUCAUCAUGGGGACCAAUAUCGGCACGUCCGUCACAAACACCAUUGUGGCCAUGACACAGGCCGGGGACCGCAGCCAGUUCCGCAGGGCAUUUGCUGGGGCCACAGUCCAUGACUUCUUUAACUGGCUAUCAGUCCUGGUCAUGCUGCCCUUAGAGGUGGCGUCGGGGUUCCUGUACCACCUGUCCAAGAUCAUGGUGGACUCACUGCACAUCGAGAGCGGAGAGGAUGCCCCCGACCUCCUGAACGUCAUCACCGACCCCGUAACCAACUCUAUCAUCCAGCUGGAUGAAACCGUCAUUGGUGGAAUCGCUACGGGAGACCCAACUGCUAAAAAUAAGAGCCUCAUUAAGAUCUGGUGCAAAACACAGACCAACACAACAGAGAUGAACGUGACUGUCCCUGGGAUAGAAGACUGUACGUCUAGCGCCCUCUGCUGGGUCAGUGGAAAUAUAACAUGGACCCUGAAGAAUGUGUCCUUGACAAUCAACUUAGAGAAAUGUCAGCACCUCUUUGUGAAUAGUGGGCUGCCAGACCUGGCUGUUGGGCUGAUCCUGCUGGCCCUGUCCCUGGUCACACUCUGCACCUGCCUCAUCCUGGUGGUCAAGAUGCUCAACUCCAUGCUGCAGGGCCAGGUGGCCAUGGUCAUCAAGAAGAUCAUUAACACAGACUUCCCUUUCCCGCUGGGCUGGCUGACGGGGUACCUGGCCAUCCUGGUGGGAGCGGGGAUGACGUUUGUGGUGCAGAGCAGCUCCGUCUUCACCUCCGCCAUCACUCCCCUGGUCGGCAUCGGAGUGAUCAGCAUUGAGAGGGCUUAUCCUCUCUCUCUGGGCUCCAACAUCGGCACCACCACCACCGCCGUGCUGGCUGCCAUGGCCAGCCCUGGAGACACACUGGCCAACUCACUGCAGAUUGCCAUGGUGCACUUCCUGUUUAAUGUUCUGGGCAUCCUGCUGUGGUACCCAGUGCCGGUGAUGCGGGUGCCCAUCCGCCUGGCGAAGGCCCUGGGUGCGUGCACAGCCCAGUACCGCUGGUUCGCCGGCGUCUACAUCCUGCUGUGCUUCUUCCUGCUGCCGCUGCUGGUGUUUGGCCUGUCGCUGGCCGGCUGGGAGGUCCUGGUGGGGGUGGGCGUGCCCAUCGUCGUGCUCCUGCUGCUGGUUGUCGCGGUGAACCUGCUGCAGUCACGACGCCCACAGCUCCUCCCCGCCGCUCUGCGCAGCUGGGGCUUCCUCCCCGUCUGGCUGCGCUCACUCGAACCCUGGGACAGCCUCGUCAGCAGCUGCGUCUGCGCCUGCUGUCACUGUGACGACGCGGAGAAGCAGCCUGCGCGCGAUCUGGAGAUGUAUGACAACCCAGCGCUCAGCCCUGAGACCGAGACCACCCCCGACCAGAAGGGCCCCGACAAAGCAACAUCCCUGUAACGCGUUCACAACGUGCCUGUAACACUCUCACAACGUGCCCUGACCUGCACUCUGUAAUGCUCUCACAACGUCCCUGUAACGUUCUCACAACGUCCCCGUAACUCUCACACAAAUGUCCCUGUGACGCUCACAC